AGAGUAAAUGUGGGGGCAGAGCUAGCAUCUGGGUUUGUAGCAGGAUAUAGUCCCCAUCUUUGUGUUGGUGUUGUGUAACUCAUUGUGUGUCAAUAGUAGCUUGAGACUGACGGACUGUCUCUAAGGAAGCCUAGGUCUUCCAUUUAAGGGUUUGGGAGAGUGACGUGUUUUUGAUGAGGAUGGGUUGGAGGUCAUUUGCGAUGUGUGUGAACGUCUUCCUUGUGGGUUGAAAGUUCAGUUGUUUUCUGGGGCUGCACUGCAGUAGGUUACUUCUUGUUGUAGGUCUUGCAGGGUUAAUUGGCUCUUUAACCAUAUUGCAAGGGGAGUGUAGUCUGAAGCAUGCAUUUUGGAGGUCCUUGAGUCUUCAGCCUCUCUCUUGUGGGUCUGAGCAGGUGCGAUUGCAUUUGAGGGGUUGGCUGUAAAUGAUUGAUUUCAUGGUGCGUUUAGGAUGGACGCUGGAGACCUGCAGGAAACGAGGUCUCCUCCUCCUCCUCCUCCUUGGACCACGGAGAAGGAUGGCGUGGCUCACCCACAUCCUGGCCUGCAUCUUCGGGACUGGCUCUUGGAUGGCCAUCAACGGUGUGUGGGUAGAGCUUCCCCUGCUGGUGAACAAACUCCCGGAGGGCUGGUACCUUCCUUCCUACCUCAUUAUCAUCAUCCAGUUGGCCAACAUUGGGCCUCUUUUCAUCACCGUCGUGCACAAACUGAAGCCUGGCAUGUUGAGCGAGGUGCCCGUCAUCUUUGUUGUGGUCACGACAGGGGCCGUGGCUUGCUUCCUCUUGGCCUUCCUCUGGCAUUACAUCACACCUGUAGCCGGACGGAUGCACAGCACACCUUUCUUUGUCUUGACUUUCUUCCUCUCCCUUGUAGACUGCACCUCCUCUGUCACCUUUUUGCCUUUCAUGGCCCGCCUCCACCCCCGCUACAUCACUACCUUUUUCAUCGGCGAGGGCCUCAGUGGGUUGAUCCCGGCUCUCUUUGCCUUGGCCCAAGGCUCGGGAAUCGCUAGCUGCAUCCAGGUAGCCACAACGAGCAACACAACCGCCGGCAACUCAACGUUUGGCAACGUAAGUGCCGAGGGUGUCCAUUACCACAUGGAAACACGUUACUCCCCUCCUAACUUCUCCAGCCUGGUCUUCUUCAUCAUCCUGUCUGCCAUGAUGUUCUCCUGCCUGGUGGCCUUCUUCUUCCUCAACCGCCUGCCCACGGUGUGGGAGCUGUCCAAAGAGAAUCUUUGCUCCAGCGACAUCACCCUCUACUCGAUCCAGAAGAUCCCUAUGGAUGGACAAGGACCAGCAACGGACUUAGGGGGCUUUACAAACUCCCCCAUGGAUGGAAAGGGGGAAAGCCCUACCAAAGGAGGUGAUGACGCAGGUCCAGAAAAGGUCCCCUACUCCGGGGCUGAGUUUGCUUUCAUCUACAUCUUUCUUGCUUGGGUGAAUGCCCUGACCAACGGGAUCCUGCCCUCUGUCCAGAGCUACUCCUGCCUGCCCUACAGCAACCUGGCCUACCACCUUGCUGCCACGCUGAGCUCCAUGGCUAAUCCUCUUGCGUGCACCAUUGCUACCUUUCUGCCCUGCAGGUCUCUCCCCGUCCUGGGAGUCCUGACGGCCAUCGGAACAGCCUUCGGCACUUACAACAUGACUAUGGCAGCCCUCAGCCCCUGCCCCGUGCUGCAGCACUCAGACUGGGGAGACGCACUCAUUGUGAUCUCCUGGGCGUUCUUUGCCGGGAUCCUUACCUACGUCAAGGUGAUGAUGGGGGUGAUUCUUCGAAGCCACAGCCACAGCGCCCUCGUGUGGUACGGAGCGGUGGAGCAGCUCGGCUCUCUGGUGGGCGCCUUGGUCAUGUUCCCCUUAGUGAAUGUCUACAGCCUCUUCAGGUCAGCGGAUUUUUGCAGCUUCCACUGCCCAGCGUGACACACACACACCCUAGGGAGGAGACCCAAAUCAUGCAACCAGAGCCUUCUUGAUCAAGCCGCCUGCGGAUUUUACAGCGGAGCGCCCCUCUAACGGAUGCAGCCGCAGUCAAGAUCUCUCUCAACGAUCAAAGAGGAAGAAGCCAAGAUAUUGAUCAAUGGGGCUGCCAAUAGUAUAUUCCUAUAAAGGACUGACACCCCCCAAGCCAUGGGGUGGGUGGGUUUGGCUGGUGGACAGUCAAAUUCACUCUAGGCUUUCUACUGCAUUCAGGGCCAAUGAAUUGAUUGCUGGAUCUCCUCAAGAGGGGAUCAGCCACCACCACCUCCCACCCUUCCCUCGAGAGAGGCAGGACCUGCUGCAGAUCCCUGAGAAGACUCUCACCAGGCAGCUGCCGGAAACCCUCUAAAUAAAUUGGUUGUU